AUGACAAUCCCAGAGCCAGCCAUCACCAUUGAGCCAGGAUAUCGUCCUGGCCUACUAGCCAGAUGUCUCGAGAUGCACAUCGCCUACUAUCACCCAUACAACUCCUGGGGCCUUGCCUUCGAGACCUCCCUGGCUAAAAGCUGGGCCGACCUCAUCCAAAGACUCACCAAUCCUCGCAACCAAAUCUUCGCAGCAGUUCAGUCAGCACCCUCUGACAAUUCCGCCGACUUCACUCAAAAGAUUGUGGGGACUAUCUUGAUUGACGCAGAGCACCUUCAACAGCCCAACACCGCACAAAUACGCGGCUUUAUCGUUGAUGAGCGAGCUCGCGGGCUUGGAGUAGGAAAGCGCCUGAUGGCGGCGGCGAUGGAGUUCAUCGAACAGCAAAAGUUUGACAAGGUUACGCUUUUUACAUCGAAUAGCCAGGAGGCUUCCUUGUACCUUUAUAAGAAGGCGGGAUUCGUGGUGGUGAAGGACGAGCAAAAGAUUCUGUGGGACGUGCCAAUGAAUGAGUUGCAGCUUGAUUGGACGCGACCAGUUGUUGCAACCCAAGGAGUUGAUGAAAAAGGCGCAAAUGGAGUUACGAAAAGUGAUAUAUAG